AUGUCUGAGAUUGACUAUGAGAAGUUAGCUGAAAUAGAACUGCAGAAAGAUGAAGAGGAAGAUACACAGGCAGAACAGGAAGAAACAUUUAGGCCUCUACCACUUGAGGAUCCCGAGCUAAAUAUCAAUCACCCCUACUAUGAUGUUGCGAGACAUGGCAUCAUCCAGUUAGCAGGUGAUGACGAUUCUGGAAGAAAGGUGAUUACCUUCAGCUGUUGCCGUAUGCCUCCCUCCUAUCAGCUCAAUCACACCAGAUUGCUGGAGUACUUGAAGUAUACUCUGGACCAGUAUGUAGAGAAUGAUUAUACGGUUGUCUACUUUCACUAUGGCCUGAAGAGUCUGAAUAAACCAUCUCUGAAAUGGUUACAAACAGCCUACAAAGAAUUUGACAGGAAGUAUAAGAAAAAUCUUAAAGCACUCUAUGUUGUACAUCCAACCAACUUCAUAAAAAUUCUGUGGAAUAUCUUUAAACCUCUUAUAAGCCAUAAGUUUGGGAAAAAAAUCACGUACUUGAACUAUUUAAGUGACCUGAGAGAGCAUCUCAAAUAUGACCAGCUAAAUAUCCCUCAAGAAGUCAUCCGACAUGAUGAAAAUCUUCGGGGGAAACAGAAGGGAAAAUUGCCACCUGUGGUUAAGGUUCCUCCACCACGGCCACCUCUACCUACCCAGCAGUUUGGAGUCAGUCUGCAAUACAUCAAGGACAAAAAUAAAGGUGAACUAAUCCCCCCAGUAAUGAAGGAAACUGUAUCCUACCUAAAAAGAAAAGGACUACAAGUAGAGGGCCUCUUCAGAAGGUCUGCCAGCAUCCAGAUUAUCAAAGAUGUUCAGAAACUCUACAAUCAGGGCAAGUCGGUGAAUUUCGAUGAUUAUCAUGAUAUCCAUAUUCCUGCAGUUAUCCUAAAGACUUUCCUUAGGGAACUCCCUCAGCCAUUACUAACGUUUGAGUGUUAUGAUCAUAUCCUUGGAAUCACCAGUGUGGAGAGCAGUUUACGAGUCACCAGAUGUAAACAAAUUAUUCAAGGACUUCCUGAACACAAUUACGUUGUUCUGAAAUAUCUGAUAUGCUUUCUCCAUAUGGUUUCACAGGAAAGCAUCUAUAACAGAAUGACAGCAUCCAGCCUGGCAUGUGUCUUUGGUUUGAAUUUGAUCCGGCCGUCGAAAGGAACAGCCUCCCUGAGUGCUCUGGUACCUCUGAAUCUCUUCACUGAACUACUGAUAGACUUCUACACGAAUAUAUUCAACUCCCGAACAGUGCCUGGUGAGAUCUUACCUUAA